AUGCCCCUUAUUUACAUAAACAUUAUACUAGCAUUUACCAUCUCACUUCUAGGAAUACUAGUGUACCGUUCACACCUAAUAUCCUCCCUACUAUGCCUAGAAGGAAUAAUAUUAUCACUAUUCAUUAUAGCUACUCUCAUAACCCUCAAUACCCACUCCCUCUUAGCUAACAUUGUACCCAUCACCAUACUAGUCUUUGCUGCCUGUGAAGCAGCAGUAGGCCUAGCCCUACUAGUCUCAAUCUCUAACACAUAUGGUCUUGACUAUGUACAAAACCUAAACCUGCUCCAAUGCUAA